UGUGUGUUUGACGCGUGAAGGUCUUCACUGCGAUGCUUUGAUUUAAUACAAGUAAAAUGGUGUGAAGAAGAUGAGCUCCAUAAUAUUCCCCCUUUUCCAAAAAAAUUGCUGCAAGGAUCACUUGCUGAAAUUACAAGAACAUGCUAACAGCUUUGAUCCACUGUAGUAUAUUUCAGUAGAGUUAGGGAAAUUUAUGAACUAGAUCUGAACAAUCUGUCUUUUUGAGUGCUUUUCUGUUUUAUGAAAUAAUUGCUUGUUGAUUGCAUUUUGCAACAGUCUUAAAUGUGAGAGAGUGGGUUUUUUCCCCUCCUUAUGUGUGUCCCUCGUGUUCAGUCUUAUUGUUCACCUUUUCCUAAAGGAGCAUAUUGUCUGUCAGUGGUGGUAUUGAGAUUUGCAUCUACAUAGGCUGGGCAGAAGACCACAAUGAUAUUUUUUUCUCUUUAAUAAUAUUCAAAUAAUAGAAACUGUUGAAAGUGUAACAAUUAGUUGAGAGCUGUUAAUUUUUUUCAGAUUAUACCUAAUAAUUACAGCUUGCAAAGGUUUCCCCUUUUCUCUGAAAAAAAGCCUCACUGAUUGUGGUGGAAGAAUUGUUAUAAUGCAGAAAAGAGUCUUUUAAGUUCACUGGAAAAGAAAAGCAUGAAACAUCUUUAUAUAGUUCAAAAAUGAAUGUGUAAUUUUCUCUAUUUACUUGAGGUUCAAAUUGGCUGUGUAGCAAGCAUCAAAUACAGGCGUAUCUUUGCUUCAUUAUAUACUAGUGUUUGGAACCAGAGACAGAACAAUUUCAAUAAAAACAUUAAAAAUGAGAUUGAUAAGAGCAAUAUAUAUAUUUUUCUGAGCCAGCAGGCUUCUCUUGCUUCACGGGAAAAGUUGGCUAAGUAAAGAAAAGGACUGUUUUCUAGAAAUUUAUCUCAUCACUUCCGAGUAACAUAAAAAAAUCAAAUUAAAAAUACCUUGCAACAUUCCAAGUAGAAUAGGAACCAGGAUUAUAUUAGUGAGAAAGUAAGUUAUCUGAAGCUUUAAUCUUAGCUGUUGUUCUUUAGUUAACUACAAUUACAUAAAGGACACCACGCUUUGCUAAAAGGAUGACAUGUACCAACCAAUGUGUGCCAUUCCUUCUGUGGUCAGUUUUUUUAGUUGGGCAAUUAAAGUUUGAAAGCUGGAAUAACUUCUUUAAAAAAUCAUUCCCUACGUUUAUCCUCUUGACUCUGUAAUGUGGCCAUUACGGAAAGCUUGCAAACUGUGAUAGAACUGAGCAUUUUGGUGUUACGUUUUUGAGAGUGAGUCCUCUGAUGCCUUUUCCUUUUAUUGAAUAGAGAUUGGCGAGGAGAUUAAAAAGCAAGUAGAAAUCCAAGCCAACCUAUAUAUUCAAUUAGCUCUGCCUAAGAAUUUUACAAAUUUCUUUUCAUUCCUGACUCCACAGGUCUGUUUCAUUCACUCAGUUCCAGUCACCUAACUAAUUUCUUAUAGAAAAAAAGUUCUGUACAUUUAGAAAGUGAUUUGUGUAACUUUGAAAAUGCAAACCAUGUGACCUUUUGCUAGUGAUUCAAUCAGAUUUCUGUGCAUCUGCAGAAUUCAUUUUUAUCCACAGUGAUUUUCUUUUUAUUUUUUUGAUGCAUGACUAUAUUGCCUUUAUCUGAUUCUCCUCAUGAAAUGGUGCAUGUCUAUGGAGAUGCUUUGCUGCUGUUCUCCCAAUAUUUCAGACUAUCCAAAAUGAUGAAUAUCAUGAAAAAUCAUUCACCAGCCAUCUAAGUGAAAACCUAGAUGUUUCCUUGCAGUCAUAGAGAAAGUGUACAGUCUGCUGCUGAUUUAAAAUGUGUACUGCAAGUGACCCUAACACUGGGAUUUGGCCAAGUUCAAAGCAGCUGUGCAGAUGGACACAGAAGGCAGAGGGAAAUAGACCCUUUUAAUCACAACAAGGCUGCUCUUGUUUUCCUAUCUAUAGUGGAAAUGUAUGCCAGGCCCUAGUACUCAAAAGCAAGCCUGCAAAUGUGCCAGAAUAAGCAGCAAUGACACUCUGUUCUUAAUAGAAAGUUAAAACUUGAUAGAAUUUUGUCCUCUAGCUUGUCAGUAUUGUCUUCUACUUCUCUCUGUGUGAACUGGCAUUGAAUUGGUUUAAAAGGUGCACACAGAAUUACUGUUGGUGAGACAAGAAGUUCUGGAUGUGUGUGUUUGCUCCUGAUCACUGUUACUAAAUUGGAUCCAUUUCUGUGAAAUGAUUAUAAUUGCUUGUAAAUGAAUUUCUCUUUUGGAAAUAACUUUUUUUUCUGAAGUUCCUUGUUGCAUAUAAAAAGAGUUCAAUUAACAAGUUGGGGUUGGAUAUUUUUUUAUUAUAACUUUUUUGUGUAUUAUGGGAGAACAUUAUGAAUAUGUAACAACUGAGCUCAAUCCUAGUCCCACUGAAGUAAAUGGGAACAGGGGAGUGUUCACACCUUUUUCUGAACAAGUUAGCUGUUCCAUUUGCAGUAGGAAUGAAUGUACAGUAUCUAUUUCGCUAUUGCAUUUUCAACCCAAAGUUUAUUGCAGAGAUGUGUGUCAAGCUAUUGGCAUAACCAGACUCUCAAUAUGUAAGGCUUUUGUUCUAAUUAUGCAGAUUAUGGCUACAAAUUAUCAGAUUUUACAUGAUUUUGUAUUAGUUUAUCUCUGACUGUGUGUAUUCAUUUUUGUUGAGAGAACCACGUUUACUCACGAAAAAGUACUGAGCAGAAGCAGUUGGUUAGGAAAUACUAUGAAUUCUAUUUCAGCCCCCACUGGAGUAAUUUUCACACCUGCCUUUUAGGAAACCUUUCAGAGUUUUUUGUUUUGUUUGUUUCCCCUUGGUGAAUAUGUGAAAUGUGCCAGCUAUAGUUAGGAAUCAUUAUUUUUAGCCAGUUCUGCCUCUGUUUAACACAAUGCAGUACUCGAGUGCAGAGUAUAUAUGUAACUGAAAAAUUAUGUAAAAUGGGUUUGGAGUUUAAAAAUAAAUAUUUUUUUACAGGAUCUCAGUGGAUAUACUAAUUUUAGAUUCUUGCUUUUUUCCAGGAAGGCUGUGUAAGGGAAACAUUAGAGUGGUGUGCAGCAGAUAUUUCGCAUACAUGUAUUUUACAUACACUUAUUAUUCCUUAUCUUGUCUACUAACCCUUUGGGACCAGGAAUUUGGGUUUACGGAUGAUACCCACCUCUUCAGCAUUUGAUUUCCUAAGACGUAUUUUUUUCCCAAGUCUCUCUGAAGUCUAUAUAAUACAAGACUGAGGUUAUGAAGUCAAUCCUAGAUGGCCUCGCAGACACGACUUUCCGAACAAUUACAACAGAUCUGCUUUACGUGGGUUCCAACGAUAUCCAGUACGAAGAUAUUAAAGGUGACAUGGCCUCCAAGCCAGGAUACUAUCCACAGAAAUUCCCAUUAUCUUCUUUCAGGGGUGAUCCUUUCCAAGAAAAAAUGACGGCAGGAGAUGAUCCCCUAUUAAGUAUCAUUCCAUCGGAUCAGAUCAAUAUUACAGAAUUUUACAACAAGUCCCUAUCCUUCAAGGAUAAUGAUGAGAAUAUACAAUGUGGAGAGAACUUCAUGGAUAUGGAGUGUUUUAUGAUUUUAAACCCUAGUCAGCAGCUGGCCAUUGCAGUGCUGUCCCUUACUUUGGGCACCUUCACCGUUUUGGAGAAUCUUCUAGUGCUUUGUGUCAUCCUGCACUCCCGAAGCCUCAGGUGCAGGCCCUCCUACCACUUCAUUGGGAGCUUGGCAGUAGCUGACCUCCUGGGCAGUGUAAUUUUUGUCUACAGUUUUGUCGAUUUCCAUGUUUUCCAUCGGAAAGACAGUCCUAAUGUUUUUCUAUUCAAGUUGGGUGGAGUUACAGCCUCAUUCACUGCCUCAGUAGGCAGCCUUUUCCUUACUGCAAUAGACCGGUACAUAUCUAUACACAGGCCAUUAGCUUACAAAAGGAUUGUUACCAGACCAAAGGCUGUUGUAGCAUUCUGUGUGAUGUGGACCAUAGCUAUCGUAAUAGCUGUCCUUCCUCUGCUUGGCUGGAACUGCAAGAAGCUCAAUUCUGUUUGUUCAGACAUAUUCCCUCUCAUUGAUGAGACCUAUCUGAUGUUCUGGAUUGGAGUCACCAGUGUGCUCUUGCUGUUCAUCGUCUAUGCCUAUAUGUAUAUAUUGUGGAAGGCUCACAGCCAUGCUGUCAGAAUGAUUCAGCGUGGCACUCAAAAAAGCAUAAUAAUUCAGACUACAGAGGAUGGUAAGGUACACAUCACUAGACCUGAUCAAACUCGUAUGGACAUCAGGUUAGCCAAAACCUUGGUCCUUAUUUUGGUGGUUUUAAUCAUAUGCUGGGGCCCUUUACUUGCAAUUAUGGUGUACGAUGUCUUUGGGAAAAUGAACAAGCUCAUUAAGACUGUUUUCGCAUUCUGUAGCAUGCUCUGUUUGAUGAAUUCAACAGUGAAUCCUAUUAUCUAUGCUCUAAGGAGCAAGGACUUGAGGCAUGCUUUCCGGAGUAUGUUUCCAACUUGUGAAGGGACUGCACAGCCUCUUGAUAACAGUAUGGAGUCUGACUGCCAACACAAGCAUGCCAACAAUGCAGGUAAUGUUCACAGAGCUGCUGAAAGCUGUAUUAAGAGCACAGUUAAGAUCGCCAAAGUGACCAUGUCUGUCUCCACGGACACAACUGCAGAGGCAUUGUAAGUUAAAUACCUCUCAACAUUCUGAGAAAAGAAAUUAGUUUAAAAAAAGACUUAAAGUGUUUGUUCCCUCAUCUGUAACAUUUUUAAGUUUAUUGAUCAUUUUAAGAAUCAUUGCCAUCAGCCAACUCUCCGAGUUUUACAAUUAGGGAUUCAAACAAAACAAUUUUCACUUAAAAAUGUUGAUUGAAUAAUAAAGAGCAAAUUGCUGAAAGAAUGUGUAGAAAAUAUGGAAUUGGCAAAAUCUUAAGAAGUUUGUGUUCAAAAAUGGCGAAACCUAAUUGAAAACUAAGACAUCAUAAAACAACUUCAUCAAAUAAGAAAAAGCCUUGUAAUCAUAAUUUUCAUUGCAAUGUGAAAUGUAUUAAAUGUCUGUAAGUAAUAGAAGUUUUGAGGUGUUUUUUUUUCCCAAAAAAGCGGCAGUACUGAGUUUUAGCAGUUUUGUAAAAUGUGUUGUCCUGUGAAAUGUAUGCUGUUUUUAUUAUAUGUUAUUGAUAUUUGUCUAAUUAAAAAAGUGAUAAGGUAGAGUUAUGUGAAAAUGUGAAUUAUGUGGUAUGUAAACCCCAUUGAAAACAUUUAACUGUAUUUGAAAAAUUCCUAUGAGUUAUUUUGGGAAUUUACACUUUCAGUGGUCUUCUGUGGACUUAGAGGAAAGGCUUUGUAUUUCUUCUACUAAAAUUAUUUGACAUUAGAAAUCCCCAUUAAUUUUGCUGAGGGUGUAAAGAAUAACAGCAACAAGAGAAUAUAGAAGUAUGUAAGUGCAAGGAAUGCAUUGGUUCAGACUUUUAAAUACCACUGCGUAUAAACACAAAGACAUUUAUUGUUAUACAGACUAUUUCCCUUCUCUUGGGCACAUGUGAAUAUGAACACUGAGAAGAGAAGGUACUGGAUAUUGGCUUCUUUAGCUGGCAACUGUUUUUGGUCUCAUGCUAUCACUGGACUUCUGAAGACAGCAUGUGUCAGACUCAUUGUGUAAUGUUAUCACUGUGCAGUUGAUGUAUACUUGACGUGUGUUUGCAUUUCUAUAUCCAGAUUAAACAGAUUCAAAGCCU